CAAAUGUUUGAAAUGAUUCUGCAAUGACCGGAACCGGAAAUUAAAUGUGUGGUUCUAGGAAUAAAGGCGCGUAGGGAAACAAAACGGUGUACACAAAAAUGUUCCACCUCACAUAAUUCACUUUGAAUUUCAACUCUAUUUUUUUUUGUCUAUGGCUUCAAUGGAUGGUGGCUUUGUUGAUUGCCAUUGCCACAUCACAGCCUGUGAAUUUGCCGAGGAUUUAGAGGAUGUGAUCAAGAGGACCAGAGAGGCUGGAGUCAAAACACUUAUUUCUGUCACUGAAGAGCCCAGUGAGUUUGAAAGAGUUAUCCAGCUGUUUAAAAGCUACCCAGAUCUAGUUGCACCAUGUUUUGGAAUCCACCCAGUCCAAGGCUGUGGGUCCCAUGACCAGCGCAGCGUGAAGAUUCAGGACUUGGAGCCUGCCUUGCCCUUGUUCCAGAAGUACAGAGAUGACAUUGUUGCAGUUGGAGAGAACAUGAGAACAUAUGAAAGCUGGUGGUUCCUUUUAACAAGAGUCUUCAAUAUUCCCAGGCUGCCCAGUGCCCAUCUCAGAUUUGUGCUGAGGGACAAUUCCAUGAUUGGUCUUGACUACACACCUUGGUAUGCCCCCACUUCUCAGGAGAGAGAGGAACAGCUGACUGUUUUCACCAAGCAAUUACAAAUAUCCAAGGAUCUGGAUUUGCCAGUGAACAUCCAUUCCCGAUCAGCAGCAAAGGUCACCAUAGCUACUCUGAAAGAACAGGGUAUCACUUGUGCUUUGCUGCACAACUUUGCAGGGAAACCAUCAGUGGCCAUGGAAGGAGUGCAGGCAGGGUACUUCUUCUCCUUCCCUCCAGCUGUCUGUAGGAAUGACCAGAAAGCCAAGCUGAUCAAACAGAUUCCAUUAGAACACAUCUGUCUGGAGACAGACUCUCCUGCCUUGGGACCAGAAAAACAUGUAAGGAAUGAACCCAAGAACAUUUCACUGGUCUGUGAGUACAUUGCUCAUGUCAAAGGAAUCACACCUCAAAUGGUAAUUCAUGCCACUUCAGAUAAUGCCCUCAGAUUGUUCCCAAAAAUUAAGAGACUUGAGUGACGCGUUUUAUAAUUAAAUGAAUGCUGUGUUAUCUCAUGCUGUGUCUCUGAAAAAGAAAUGGAAUUGUGAAAUAAAAUGCUCAAUCAA